AUGGCGACCGGCAACCUGGCAAGCGUGGUGGUGGCGGUGGACGGCAGCGAGGAGAGCAUGAACGCGCUGCGGUGGGCGCUCGACAACCUCCGGCUGCGCCCCGACGGCGAGCUCGCCGUGCUCCACGUCCAGCCGCCGCCCAACAUCGCCGCGGGGCUCAACCCGGCGCCCAUCCCCUUCGGCGGCCCCAGCGGGGUCGAGGUGCCGGCGUUCACGCAGGCCAUCGAGGCGCACCAGCGGCGCAUCACGCAGGCGAUCCUGGAGCACGCGCUGAAGAUUUGCUCCGAGAAGAAUGUGGAGGUGAAGACUGAGGUGGUGGUCGGGGACCCCAAGGAGAAGAUCUGCGAGGUGGCGGCCAACCGCAAGGCCGAUCUGCUCGUCAUGGGCUGCCGUGCCAUUGGGCCGCUCCAGAGGGUGUUCUUGGGCAGUGUGAGCAACUACUGUAUCAACCAUGUGGGCUGCCCUGUUGUUGUGAUCAAGGGUACUUGA